CCCCAAGGCAAAAAUGCUUGUCCAUGCCUGAUCUAACUGGUGUGUUUAUAAUGGUCUAAUCCAGCAUUUCAGUAAGACCACUACAGCUUUCUAGCAAAAGAUUGUAAGUGCCAAAAUCACCAAUCUCAGGUUUCUGCAAGAUGGAGACAUAAAGUAUGCAGUAUAAAUAUGCUCAAAGACAUCAAAUUUCACCAGAAGGUUACAAUUUGUCACUGCUGCUAUCCUUACCAAUCCACCAAAUAUGUUUCUAACAGCAAUAUUAACCUGUCUCUGUGUCAGAAAAAGUUAUCUUAUUAUUCUUAUUCUAUUGGGGAGAAAGAAUAAUAUGGUUAGAUUUGAUAUCCAGCUAAUCAGUGGCCUUAUCAGCCAUUCUAUGGAAGUGCAAUGACCUAUUCCAUUUAAAUCAAGCCAUUCCUCUGUCAUUAGCAAACUAAAAGCUUCAGCUUUGUAGGAGGAUUUAAAGGUACCACUUCCAACACUAAUCGGCUUAAAGGGACUAGCAUAACUGCAUGGUCGGAGGAGCAGAUAAAAGAAACCGGAGUUCAAACUUGUUUCAGCUAAAGGCUCUAAACUGUAUGGUAAAGAAGUAACACGCUAGGCAAAGGCUUUGAUUUUGCACCAGAAAACAAACACGAGUAAUGCCUGCGGAUUUCAACGGUUAUUGGAAAAUGCUCAGCAAUGACAAUUUUGAGGACUACUUGAAAGCACUUGAUGUAAAUAUUGCUAUAAGAAAAAUAGCCAAUAUGCUUAAACCUGACAAAGAGAUCAUUCAGAAUGGAGACCACAUGAUCAUUAGAACACUCAGUACUUUUAAAAACUACAUCAUGGAUUUCCACAUAGGGAAGGAAUUUGAGGAGGAUUUAACAGGGGUGGAUGAUCGCAAAUGCAUGACUUGUGUGACGUGGGAUGGAGAUAAACUUCUUUGUGUACAGAAAGGCGAAAAGGAAGGCCGUGGUUGGACCCAGUGGAUUGAAGGCGAUGAAAUGCACUUGGAAAUAAGAGUUUGUGGUGUCAAGUGCAAGCAAGUAUUUAAGAAGGUACACUAAAGAGACUGACACCAGAGACCAAGAAGGUGGACAGGAUGGAUGGACCUAUUGCCAAAAUUUCAGAUGCUGCUUGUUGAAAAUUUAUUCUUCCUUAACCAUUAAAAAAGAUGUCAUGACCAACAUCUACAUGUGUUACUUGAACUCUGUAGCAAGGGGUUUUUUUGUUGAACAUGCGGACUUUUAAAAGGAAAGAAUUGAAUCUUAAUGGCAUAAUUAUGGUAUGAACAUUCAGAUUAAAGCUGAUGAAAUCAGAA